AUGGAGAGCCGUGAUCGAAAUGAGGAGGCGGAGAAUAAGGAUGGCGGGGAGGGAGGCGUGGGGAUGGAGAUGCGCGGAGUGCUGUUCCGGUGGGGGGAGAUGGGCGUGAAGGUUGCUUUCCGCUCGUAUGACUUCUCCCGCCACGUCAUCAUCCUAGGUGGCCUCACGGACGGGCUGCUGCCCACACGGUACACCGCCAGGCUGGCGUCCGAGCUGGCAGCCGCCCAUUGGUCGCUGCUGCAGACGCAGCUGUCGUCGUCCUACUUCGGAUACGGCACAGCGUCACUGGAGCAGGAUGCUGCCGAAAUAGAUGAGCUCAUCGCUUACAUCAUCAAGCGGUACCAGGCGUCGGAAGUUGUGCUUGUCGGCCACAGCACGGGCUGCCAGGACAUAGUGGCAUAUCUCAAGAGCGGUAAAGCCACCCAUCGCAGCGUUGUCAAAGCAGCCAUUCUUCAGGCGCCAACGAGUGACAGGGAGUGCAUGGAGCAGCAGGCGAGGGAGGGGGGGCGGGAAGCAGAGGAGGCAUUUGAAGAGAUGAAACGGGUGGCGCAGGCAAUGAUUGCGGGCGGCAGAGGCGCCGAGAUGAUGCCAAGAAGCGCCGAUCCGCUCGCACCAAUCACAGCGUACAGGUUCCACUCUCUCGCGUGCACGGGAGGGGAUGACGACAUGUUCAGCUCAGACUUAUCAGAUGAGGAGUUGAAAGAUAGACUGGGGCACAUGGGGGCAUGGCCGUGCCUGGUGAUUCUAUCAGGAAAGGAUCAAUACGUGCCGAAAAGCAUAGACAAGGAAAGGCUAUUACAGAGGCUCUGUUCUGCUAUGGGUGGUGCCACCCCUGCUCUGAUUUCUGGAGCCGACCACUCCCUCAGUAACACAGUGGAUGAAGCGGUUACCACAAUAACGGAUUUCAUUAAGAAGCUUAAUUAG